UCGCCACUUCUCAUAAUUCCCCAACCAAAAACCAUUUCACAAACACUUACAAAGCACUUUAAAGCUCUCUCUCUCUCUCUCUAGUGCUCGUUCUCGCUCGUUUAAUCUCUCCAAGAAAAAAGCUCUCCUUCGCCUUAAAACAUGGCUCCACCGGAACUUGUCCCAACCUCGGUUAAAACCGCUCCGUUUACCAAACCCGCAACCCUACCCAGACGGGCAUACGUGACUUUCUUAGCGGGUAACGGUGACUACGUGAAAGGCGUUGUUGGUUUAGCGAAAGGGUUAAGGAAGGUUAAAUCGGCGUACCCUUUAGUGGUGGCCGUACUACCCGACGUACCGGAGGAUCACCGUCGGAUUCUAGAAUCACAAGGGUGUAUAGUCCGAGAGAUCGAACCCGUUUACCCACCCGAGAACCAGACCCAAUUCGCCAUGGCAUAUUACGUCAUCAACUACUCCAAGCUCCGUAUAUGGGAGUUCGUAGAGUAUAGUAAGAUGAUAUACUUGGAUGGAGAUAUUCAGGUAUACGACAACAUAGACCACCUCUUCGAUUUGGCCGAGGGGAAUUUCUACGCUGUUAUGGACUGUUUUUGCGAGAAGACAUGGUCUCACACUCCUCAGUAUAAGGUAGGCUACUGCCAGCAAUGCCCUGAGAGAGUCAAGUGGCCCACAGCCGAGUUGGGUCCACCUCCGGCCCUUUACUUCAACGCUGGCAUGUUUGUCUUUGAGCCAAAUCUCUCUACUUAUCAUGAUCUCUUAAAAACUUUGAAAGUCACAACUCCAACCUCAUUUGCUGAACAGGACUUUUUGAACAUGUACUUUAAAGACAUUUAUAAGCCUAUUCCACUUGUUUACAACCUUGUAUUGGCUAUGUUAUGGCGUCAUCCGGAGAAUGUUGAGCUUGACAAGGUCAAAGUGGUGCACUACUGUGCAACGGGAUCAAAGCCAUGGAGGUACACAGGAAAAGAGGAGAAUAUGCAGAGAGAUGAUAUUAAGAUGUUGAUAAAGAAAUGGUGGGACAUUUACAACGAUGAGUCCCUAGACUAUAAGAAACCGAUUGGAUCCGCCGUGGGAGGUGUCCAAGCCGAGGCGGUGAAUAUGCAGCCCUUCAUUGAUGCUCUCUCCAAAGCUGCCGGUAGGGUUAAGUAUGUAACAGCUCCAUCUGCAGCUUGAGGCAUUUCGGUACAUUUGGGUUUUGUAAUGAUCGAUGAUUCGUAUAUAUAUAUAUCAUCUU